AUGGCGCAGGAUGUGCCCCAAUCCAAGCCCAAAGGAGCUGGAGUUGUCACUUCUUCCACUGCUCUUACCACUUCAAUUCCUGUGCCUACCACCAUACAGUCUACUCCUGCUGCCUCCACUCCUCCUAGAGUUACUCGGGCUACCUCGAAGAAAAGUUGUGCGGGUGCUUCACAGGGAGAUUCUCCUCAGAAGACCCAAGCUUUAACUCUUCUCAGGAGUAAACAGCAAAAGAAGAAAAGGAAACUUUUACCUGAUCCUGAAAAGGAAGCACCUGAAACAACUGCCAGAGUAGUGGCAGAGGAACUCACUUCUGAGGAAUCUGAAUCCCAGAUUGAAGAGAGAGAAAUUGAGAAGGAGCAGAGAGUUGAAAAAAGGCGGCAGCAACAACUGUUAAAAGAUGAAGAUUCUGCUGCUGUUGCAAUCCACAGAGAAACUGCAAGGAGGCAGCAUAUUGCUGAGCACUAUUCUCUUCGCAGCCCUCCCAUUGUUGCUACCACUUCUGAAACAACAACAACUACUGGGCCUAUUCUUUCAAUAAAGACUCCCUCAGUUUCAGUUGAAGUGGAAUAA